GGUUACCAGAAAUGCUGCUUGUGAGACUGGCUAGACCACCACCUGGUAGCUAAGGAAUCAUAUUCAAGAGUAGGUAAAUCUCAAGUUAUUCAUUUCUUCAUCCAUAACAACCAUUUAUACCACACACUCAAUCGUCGGUACGCGAAAAUACAUUGCAUACUCUUCUCGUAUCAAGACUAAGCUUCAAUCCUCUCUAUUUACCCAGUUCGCCGUUCACCAUGUCUGCAUCUCAAAACCAAUCCUCACUCAACUCCACCCCCGCCGGUACAACUUUUGGCCCCAACUCCGGCGCGCCAUCGUCCACAGCCACUCCUGGUAUGUCAGUAGGAUCGGCUACAGCCAUGGGCCAUGGCGAUCAUCCAAAAGAUAAUGCGGACGACAGCAAUGCCAAAUUGUCGAGUUCCAAGGUCGGGCCUCAACAAGAGGAUUUGGAUGGAGAGCAAAUGAGAGCACCAGGAGAAGGAGAUGUCAUGGCUGCUCAAUUCGACAAGAAGGAUGCUGGAUGGGGAGAGGAGGGUAGUUAUACAAGUGAUUUGGAUAGACAAAAGGCAGAGCAGAAGGAGGCUAGAGAGAAGAUCAAGAGUCAACGAGAGCAAGGCAUCGAUGUAGAUGGAGGUGCAGGUGGAAGAAUCCAAAACGAAGGGUUGGGGUCCGUUUGAAGCGAAAGGAAGACUUGAAUUCAAACCUUUGUAAUAUUUGGGUGGUUGUCACUGCUUUAUCGUCGGCCUUUCUGCAAAAUAUGAUUUGCCACGAUCCCACCUUGCCAUGUAUUAUAUCUGCCAAAUAACCCAAACUCCGUCGCCAUGCCCGAAAAUCA